CAGACAUGGUACCAUCUCCGCAAAAACAAACGACAGAGUAACCCAAAAAAUGGGGUUAUAAGAGCAAGUCUGGUCAAAAAUAAGAAUUUGAAAUUAAAAUGAUUUAGUUUAAUUUUUAAAGGAUAUUUUUUGCAUGCUGUUCUUUUGGAUGUCUGGGCCUGACUAGUACGGAGGAAUGUGCUUAGUCGGGCUCUGAAUAAUCCUGUCCGAUGUGAAUCCCACUGAGAUCAUCUCUAGCGGGAGCUUCAGGGCCAGAGGAGAGGGACUCUUGAUGUGAGCUGGCGCCACUAGAGCCAGGACCUAAAGCUGGGGAGCCUUCCUUCUCCAGUGUGUCGGAAGGCUGGCAAGGCUGGUGCAGGCAGCUGGCACCAGGCCUGGCUCUGGCCGUGGGCUGUAUGAUUUAAGGCUGCUCUGAGUCGUCCCUUCCAGGCUGCUUUCGAAGGCAGCGGCUGGGUCAGGCGAGGUGACGUGAGCAUGGUCGCUGGGAGGAGAGCCGCUGGCAGGUCAGCGCUGAGUCCUUAAGAGCGACGAGCAGCUAGGCUGCAGCACCCCCAGGCUGCGCGAGGGCCAACACUUGGCCGCGUCGCGGACAAUGCCGCCGGCCCGACUCGCACUACAGCUCCCGGCGUGCUCCGCGCCCGCGGGAGAAACCGGGCUGCCCGGUCGCACGCUCCGCUCAGCCGCCUCAGCGCCGGGCGAGGGACGUCCGCGUUCUGUCAGUUUUCCCCCAGUGUUCUUUAUCCCAACUGUCUAGGACUGGGGCACGCAAAUGCAAAGUAGCCCUCUAAUUCAACCCCGUAGGGUCGGCACCAGCCAAUAAAGUGCGCCGAAAACCACGUGACAGGGUUGGGGCGGUGCUCUGGUACCUCCCUGAUCUCUAUGGUUCUCCCUGGCUCGCUAGAGGGCGUCUGGUCCACUGGAGGACUCCCUACAUUUUUCCUCCAUUACCUCACUGCCUCCGGUGGCUGCUGGGAUACCGGAGGAAUCGGGUCCCGGCUCGACUAGUCCUCCAGCCACCCAGGGAAUACCUCUAGUUCUUCCCGGCCGCCGCCGUCGCUUCCUCCUCAGGCCGACGGUCCCCUUCGCCCCGCCCGGUUUGCGCCGCGCGUCUGGCCUGUCGGCGGGCCUGCUUCUCUCAGGAGCCUCCACCCAGGUGCAUGGCUCCAUGAAGCAGGAGGAGGAGGAGGCAGAGCGCGAGAGGUCCCGUCCGCCCCGGCCGCGUCUGGGCCAAGAGAAAAGGUACAGAAAGAAGGAAUGGAAUUGGAAGGAAGAAAAUUCAUCCCAGAGACAAAGUAGUUCCCCUCCUCUGUUGUAGCUGUUCCUUUGGCAAUAUAAACUUUCCUGCUUUCAGUCUGAAGUCACACAGAUUUAAGUUAGAGAUGAGGAAAAUGCUGAGAAGAUGUGGUUAACAAGGAAAAGCUUGAAAAUACCUCUAAAGUUCUUUAAAAAUAAGAUGAUUCAAUGUGAAGCCUGUAAAAAAGGGUUCUGCAGCAUUCCAGACCACGAGCACCGAGUCAGGAUGGGAAAGAGACGUUGUGUUCCUCCACUCGAGCCCAGGUUGGCAGCAGGUUGUUGUGGGGUCAAGAAGCCCAAAUUGUCUGCAAGUGGGACGCACAGUCACGGGAGCCAGUCCACUACUGUCCCCAGCGCUAGUUCAGGACCUCUUCAAAACCACCAGCAUGUGGACAGCAGCAGUGGAAGGGAGAAUGUGUCGGACUUAACUCUUGGACCUGGAAACUCUCCCAUCACACGGAUGAAUCCCGCAUCGGGAGCGCUGAGCCCUCUCCCCCGACCCAAUGGAACUGCCAAUGCCACGAAGAAUUUGGUGGUGACUGCAGAGAUGUGCUGCUACUGCUUUGAUGUACUCUACUGUCACCUCUAUGGCUUCCCACAGCCACGACUUCCUAGAUUCACCAAUGACCCCUAUCCGCUUUUUGUGACAUGGAAGACAGGGCGGGACAAGCGGCUUCGUGGCUGCAUUGGGACCUUCUCAGCCAUGAAUCUUCAUUCAGGACUCAGGGAAUACACGUUAACCAGUGCACUUAAGGACAGCCGAUUUCCCCCCCUGACCCGAGAGGAGCUGCCUAAACUUUUCUGCUCUGUUUCCCUCCUUACUAAUUUUGAGGAUGCCAGUGAUUACCUGGACUGGGAGGUAGGGGUCCAUGGAAUUCGAAUUGAAUUUAUCAAUGAAAAAGGCAUCAAACGCACAGCCACGUACUUGCCUGAGGUUGCUAAGGAACAAGACUGGGAUCAGAUCCAGACAAUAGACUCCUUACUCAGGAAAGGUGGCUUUAAGGCUCCAAUUACCAGUGAAUUUAGAAAAACGAUCAAACUCACCAGGAAUAACCACCUUGCAGUGGAGGAGUGAUUACAGUGGGAAAGAGAUGGCUCUGGGUACCGAAGUGAGAAGGUGACAAUCAGUUACGCAGAGUACAUUGCUUCUCGACAGCACUGUUUCCAGAAUGGCACUCUUCAUGCCCCACCCCUCUACAAUCAUUACUCCUGACACACGGCUGCAUGACCAGUCCCACCCCCCUGUGGCCACCAAUGGCUAUGACAUCAUUGGAGCAGAUGCCUCCUCUUCCUGGUCCAGUUACUUCUAUUACUGCACCAUUUUAUGAUGCUAGCUUCCGUUGUCAAGUCUGCCUCCCACUGACUGAGGGAGUGUGGGGUUACACUGAAUGAAACAGAACUUGAGGGGCCCAAGCCUUAUCUCAGCCUUUCCUCAGUAUGGGGUCCCAUUGGAUUGGGGCUUCUGCAUGACUAGUGAGAAUCGCUGUGUGGGUGUUGAAGACCCUGGUCUGGUGAUUUGCCACAUGUGUGUUGGCUACACAUUGGAAUUAAAGUUGAUGAUCCAUGGAGGUUUACCCACCCACAGCCUCCCAGAUCAGAUAGGUGUAUUCCCCUGGCAGUCUGGGCAACGGAGACCAACAAGAAACAUUUUUAGGUUGUUUUAAAUUCCUUUUUUUAAAACUUCCAGUUUAUUGCGUACCAAGAGUUGAUCACAACCUCCAUGCUUCCUAAGUGGAUGCCAUUUUAGGGUUGAGCAUGGGCACCAUGAGUCCUUUGAGACUCUUGGACAGAGACCCACACCAAGAUCCGAAGCCCUGCAGAUGGCGUUACAGAUCUCAUUGCUCAGUGAGGCGCGAAGGUUUGGAAUUCUCUCCCCACUGGCACUCUUCCUGCAUCAAGUCUCCUGCUGUUACAUGGAGCCCUGUGGUAUGGCCUGCUGAGAAAUGGAGUGCAGAGGCCCAUGGGAGAGCUUGGUGUCAUCACUGUGUGAGAUGUGAAGAGAGAGGCCUCUUUCUCACCACCUGGCUACCUCACUCCUCACUGGUAGCAGUGCCUAUAGCUGGAUCUAGGUUCUCAAAAGUGCAGAUGUGCAAAUGGGCAGUUGGGUUGGGCUCAUCAUUCUAGAUAGUUGGGUCUCUUGAGCUGGUUUUCUUUGCAGGCAAACAUUCUGAGAGACCUUUAAGUAGGCAAGUUAUUGUUCUAGUUUGCCUAAGGUGAUGUUUCUGUCCUUUUUAAGACUCUAGAGCAAAGUUGUGUAAUUGAACAAAGUAAAUCAAUCUAGUCUACCAUGCUGGGAGUUUUAACCCCACCAGGGCAUAGUUCCAAAUUGUUCUUUUUUUCUGUAUCAUUUAAACUUCCAUGUGAUACUUCCCUUCCAAACAUCAUUUGCUAAUUUAGUUUUUCUCUCUCUUGACUCAUCUUCACUCAUGUGAUAGCAGAGGUCAUAGAACUGGGGGGCUUGACAGAGCCUUCAAAAGCACUGUCUCAGAGGCAUUGCUGGUGACUCAGGAAGAGAUGGCCAGCUAAAGAAAGGGUACCUGGACAGUACGCUAGUUCUUCACAACAUGCUUGGAGAAUUCUGGAAGUGAAUCGUGUGUCAACCCAAUGAACAUGUUUUAUUUUUUAGUUACGUGGUAUUGAUGUGGCUUUCCAAAAUGGGCAUAAAUUCAAGUAUAAAGAACUUGGCGCUUUCUUCCACAAAGUUGGGUAGGGGGACAUAAUCUUAAGACAUUGCCCUCCAGUUCCUGGGACAAAUUAGAGGGAGUAGCUUUGUGCUGCGGGCAGGACUGGGGUAUGUGGGAAGAUUUAGAUGACAUUAGAGUGCCCAGAGUAUGCCCCCUCGUUGCUGGUCACCUUGUGUAAAUGAAGGUGAAGUGGUCAUCUCAUGAUGUCCUGCUGCUGAGGAUAUUACAUACCUUGUUACAGAUGUGACAAUAGUUACCCUUAGGUGCCAUGGAUUGAUGUCAAGGUGGUCAGCUCUAGACUAAGCUACCCACCUCCAGUUUGUACAAACAGUAUUGAUACAUAGGGCUACACUCAUUACUGUUAAAGUGUUCUAUGUUAAAAGUUGUGUUUGAUUUCUAAAGAUUUAAAAAAAAAAAAAAAGCAAAAAAAUUGGUGCUAAACUUUCACCCCUGAGCACGCUCAGUGAGACUGGUCAUGCAAGCAUUUACAGUGCCAUGUUCCUCAAGCCUAUUUUUCUUGUAGAAAUGUUGCCCUAUUUGUCUUCCCAGUGUAUAGUAUGUAGUUUUAUUUUAUUUUAUUUUAUUUUAUUGAGGGUGGGGUAGGAUACCUGCCAUUUAAGAAAAUUAAAUUUUUAAACCCCCCAAAUGGGGGAAAAAUCAGUGCACAAGAAUAGGGCUGAUGGAAGCCCAGCAUCACACUGAAGUAGGCUCAGUGGUUUUGGAGUGAAGAAGCCUUACUCCCUGCACAUUCCCUCAUAUUCCUAACAAGUCCAGCAGUGGAGGUGCGUGAGCUCCUCUUGCCUUGUCGGAGCUCAGAAGGCAGCCAAGGGAGACUAUGUGGGCCCUGUCAGAGUCCAUCCUGACCAGGGCGUGACAGGAAGUAGUCUGGAAGUGUGUGGUUGUGGUGCCCUUGUGGAACUGUGGGGGAGGUGGCUCUCAGGAAAAAUACCUGGUCUGGAUCAUCCACGCGGCAGCUUUGCAUAGGGAGGUGACAGCUCCAAGCUGGAGCAGAUCUGCCUUCCACUUGCUUGACCAAAGCAGUAAUGAGGGUGGCCAAUACAUGCCAACGACUGGGAUACAUAGGACUGAGAGGGAGAGCAUAGGAGGUGCUUUCCUACCUGCUGCUCCCUCUGUUCUUGGGCCACUGAACAGUAGGUAACCACUGUUGUGAGGGACCGGCCCAACUCCCUGGCUUGGUUCAGUGUGUGUUUCAUCCCUAGCUGUGAGUGCCUUUUGGUCUGGAAAGUUGGCUUGUCUCAUAAUACCCACAGCUAGGACAUUUUCCCUGUAAUUACGAAUUGUUCUUGUUUUCCAUUAACUUAAGAGAGUGUCUUUGAUCACUAGAGUUUGUCAGUGUUGGAUUGUUUCCACUGUGAGGUUCUUAAAACUUUUUCGCUGCAUAUUGAAACAAUUCAUGUUAGAUACUCUUUCCACAUAAAAGGUUUGUAGUUGAGACAUUACAUAUAUUUUACGUUUAUAAUAAAAACCAUCUAUACAAAAGAAGUCCUGGGUGUUAAUUUUAAUAUUUUGCACAAGAUCUGUUUUCCAUAAUAUGUUAACCAGUUUCACUAACUGUUGAUGUUUUUUUUCUAUCAAGAUUUCUGGAGCCUAGGGAUCUACUUGUUCUGUUCAUUUUGUUCUUAUUUCCCUGAAGCAAAAGACUAUAUGGCCUUCAGUGCAAAGACUUCAGACCAAUUCUUUGUAUCACACUUGGUUGCCUCUUGGCUAUAUAACUUCUGAGUGCAAAUCAUUGAACUCUUUAAUGAAGUAUUGUAGAGAAUAAAUCAUAAUGAGUAAAAA